GUUAUUCAGAUAAAUUUUGAAGAAUUUGAUCUAGAGAUUGGCUAUGACACGCUGACAAUUGGUGAUGGAGGAGAAGUGGGUGAUCCUAAAACUGUGCUUCAAGUGUUAACUGGGAGCUUUGUACCAGACUUAAUUGUGAGCAUGAGCAAUCAGAUGUGGUUGCACCUUCAAACAGAUGAAAGCGUGGGCUCAAUCGGUUUCAAGGUUAACUACAAAGAAAUUGAAAAAGAAAGCUGUGGGGAUCCUGGAACACCACUGUAUGGUAUCAGAGAAGGGGAUGGAUUUUCGAACCGUGAUGUAUUAAGGUUUGAGUGUCAGUUUGGAUUUGAAUUAAUUGGAGAGAAAUCUAUCAUUUGCCAAGAAAACAACCAGUGGUCUGCAAACAUACCAAUCUGCAUUUUUCCUUGCCUUUCCAAUUUCACUGCACCAAUGGGAACAGUUCUUUCACCUGAUUAUCCAGAGGGAUAUGGGAAUAACUUAAACUGUAUCUGGACAAUAAUUUCAGAUCCUGGGAGUCGAAUCCAUCUCUCUUUUAAUGACUUUGACUUGGAAUCUCAGUUUGACUUCCUUGCAGUUAAAGACGGUGACUCUCCAGAUUCCCCUAUAAUAGGAACAUUUACUGGUGCUGAAGUUCCUUCCCAUCUUACUAGUAACAGUCAUAUUUUGCGUCUGGAAUUUCAAGCUGACCAUUCAAUGUCAGGACGUGGAUUUAACAUCACUUAUAACAGCGGGCGCCUGCCGGCGCCGGGCCGGCGCCACCGGCUGGAGAUGGCCGUGGCAGCAGCAGCGCGGUUUGGAGAACUCGGAAGCGCCCCGCUCCCGGGGUGCCCGCUGGGCAGAGUGCCUCCGGAGAAGACUAAGAUCUGA